AUGGGAGGAGUUGUUUUACUUGUCAGGUUUCUAAGCAUUGCUACCAUUAUCAUUUGUUUAUGCAAUGGAAAUCUGGGUGUGCCUUAUUGCAAAGAAAUCGAGAGACGAGCCCUUUUGAUGUUCAAGCAAGAUCUUAAUGAUUCUUUAACUCUGCUUUCAUCUUGGGUUGGUGAAGGAGAAUGCUGCAAUUGGACUGGAGUUGUCUGCCACAACUUAACCGGUCACGUCCGCGAGCUCCGCCUUGGUACUUACUAUUUGAGCGGUAAGCUAAAUCCUUCUCUGCUCAAUUUAAAGAAUCUCAAUUACUUGGACUUAAGCAAGAAUAGCUUUGACGGAAGCCAGAUUCCAGACUUCUUCGGUUCUCUUGCAAGUUUAAGAUAUCUUGAUCUCUCACAAGCAGAUUUUCAGGGAGUGAUUCCUCAUCAACUGGGAAACCUCUCUAGUCUACACCAUCUCGAUCUCCACGGUAACUAUUUUGAGGUUAAUAACCUUCAAUGGAUUUCUGGUCUUUCUCUGUUGCAGUACUUGGACAUGCAUGGUGUAAAUCUUAGCAAAGCAUCUGAUCGGUUGCAGGAGACAAACAUGCUCCCUUCUUUGGUAGAGUACUUAGAUAUGUCUGAUUGUGGACUUUAUCACAUACCAGGUGGUAUUGCCAACAUGACUAGUCUUAGAGUUCUUAAUCUUCAGAGGAACUCUAUCAAUUCUACCAUACCAAAAUGGUUGUACAGCUUUAGCCAUCUUGAAUCCCUAUUUCUCUCAUACAAUCAUUUGCAUGCUGAUAUUUCAAGUUCCAUUGGAAAUUUGACAGCCCUUGUCAAUCUUGACUUAAAUCAUAAUCAACUUGGAGGGAAAAUCCCAAAUUCAUUGAAAAAUCUCUGUAAGUUGACUGUUUUUGAUCUGUCCUGGAACGAUGUUAGCGGAAGGGUAUCAGAAAUCUUUGAAAGUUCUUCUAGCUGUAAUUCUAGUCAACUAGAGUCUUUGAGCUUAUCCUAUAAUGAUCUUUCUGGAGAGUUAACAGGUGAGCUAGGAAACUUUCAAAACUUAGCCGUCCUUGAUCUUUCUAGUAAUUCAAUAUCUGGUCCCAUUCCACCGUCCAUAGGAAGUCUGUCAAGCUUAAAACUAUUGAACAUUUCUAAUAAUUCAUUGAAGGGUGAUGUCUCUGAAGUCCAUUUUACUAAUCUAACAAGAUUAGAGGAACUUCAUGCAACUGAUAAUUCAUUGACUCUGAAAACCAGUAGAGGUUGGCUUCCUCCUUUUCAACUUUUCAUGUUGCACUUAAAUUCUUGGCAUCUGGGACCAGAGUUGCCGAGAUGGCUUCAGAGUCAAACGCGCUUGGAGGAACUAAGCAUAUCCAAUACAGGAAUCUCUGGUACCAUUCCAAUCUGGUUUUGGAACUUUUCUUCUCUGGCAUUUGUGGAUCUCUCUCAAAAUCAAUUGUACGGGCAGGUUCCAAGAAUAGUUACUGCCCCUUCAGCAACGGUUGACCUAAGCUCUAACAAGUUCAGUGGUCCAUUACCUCUCGUCUCCUCCACAGUUGCUGUGCUAGAUCUUUCCAAUUCAUCAUUCUCCGGAUCUAUCUUUCACUUCCUUUGUGACAGGACAGAUGAAUCAAAGCAGCUCGCAAGUCUUCAUCUUCGCAGCAACAAUCUCACAGGAGAGAUUCCUGAUUGUUGGAUAAAUUGGAAAAACUUGAUCGUGGUCGAUUUAGGAAACAACUAUUUCACCGGGAACAUUCCGAGCUCCAUUGGACACUUAAUUUUCCUCCAAUCACUGCAUUUACGCAAUAAUCACCUCUCUGGAGAAUUGCCUCUGUCACUGCAGAAUUGUAGGAACUUGCUACUUAUUGACGUUGGAGAGAACAAUUUUAUUGGAAGCAUACCAACAUGGAUAGGGAAAAGCCUUUUACAAUUGAUGGUUCUCAGCCUUCGUUCGAAUAAGCUUCAUGGAGAUAUUCCUUAUGAACUCUGCAAUCUCCCAAGUCUUCGAAUCUUGGACCUCGCACAUAAUAAUCUUGUCGGAACAAUACCAACAUGUUUCGACAAUUUUAGAGGGAUGUCGUCUACAAUAAUUGAUAUCAGGGACCCAUCUUCAUUCUUCAUAUUUAAGCAUGGUUUUUAUGGCAAGUACAUAGAAAAUGCUAUCUUGUUUAUCGAAGGUUCCGAAUUAUUUUUAACCCGAAUAUAUCCUUUUUUUAGUAGCUUGGAUCUUUCAUCCAACAAUUUAUCUGGGGAGAUCCCAGAGGAAUUGACCAGCCUCAUCGGCUUGGUUUCAUUGAACUUAUCAAACAAUCUUUUGACUGGAAGAAUCCCAUCGAAGAUUGGUGACAUGAGACGGUUAGAAUGUCUUGAUUUGUCCAGGAACCGACUUUCUGGUGAAAUUUAUCCGAGCAUGGCGGAGUUGACAUUUCUCGGUUUUUUGAACUUGUCCUAUAACAAUUUGACGGGGCAGAUUCCAUUAGGCACUCUACUUCAGAGCUUUGAUGAGUCCAGUUAUUUUGGGAAUAAGCUUUGUGGACCUCCACUCAAAGAGAAGUGCGGCAGAAAUGUGGCAAUUGAGAAACACGGAGGAAGCCAUACAAUCGAGAAACACGGAGGAAGCCAUACAAUCGAACAUAAUUGGUUCUAUAUGGGCAUGGGACUAGCUUUGUUCUUUGUGGCAUUGCUCAAACACAUCAAGUAGUUCAUUCAAUACAACCUUAUGGAUCGUCCCUUGAGAGUUGUUUCACUUCUCAGUUUUCUAAGCAUUGCAACCAUUCCGGUUAGCUUAGCCAAUGGAAAUCUGGGUGUGCCUUAUUGCAAAGAAAUCGAGAGACGAGCCCUUUUGACGUUCAAGCAAGAUCUUAAUGAUUCUUCAAAUCAACUUAUGUCCUGGGAUGGUGAAGGAGACUGUUGCAAUUGGACUGGAGUUGUCUGCCAUAACUUAACCGGUCAUGUCCGCAAGCUCCGCCUUGGUAAUUACUAUUUGGCUGGUAAGCUAAAUCCUUCUCUGCUCAAUUUAAAGAAUCUCCAUUACUUGGACUUGAGCAACAAUGAUUUUGAAGGAAGACAGAUUCCUAACUUCUUUGGUUCUCUUGCAAGUUUAAGACAUCUUGACCUCUCACAAGCAGAUUUUCAGGGAAUAAUUCCUCCUCAACUGGGGAACCUCUCUAAUCUACGCUAUCUCGAUCUCCAUGAUAACUAUUUUGAGGUGAAGAACCUUCAAUGGAUUUCUGAUCUUUCUCUGUUGCAACACUUGGACAUGAGUGGUAUAAAUCUAAGAGAGGCAGGUGAUUGGUUGCUAGGGACAAACAUUCUCCCCUCUUUGCUAGAGUACUUAAACAUGUCCAAUUGUGGACUUAAUCAAAUUCCAGGUGGUAUUGCAAACAUUACCACUCUUAAAGUUCUGAAUCUCGAAGCUAAUUCUCUCAAUUCUACCAUACCUAAAUGGUUGUACAGUUUUAGCCAUCUUGAGUCGCUAUUUCUUUCGUACAACGGUUUGUAUGGCGAAAUUUCAAGCUCGAUUGGAAACUUGACAAACAUUGUCAAUCUUGACUUGUAUGGUAAUCAACUUGAAGGGCAAAUCCCAAACUCAUUGGGAAAGCUUUGCAAGUUGACGGUUCUUGAUCUAUCAAGGAACCAUGUCAGGGGAAGGGUUUCGGAAAUCCUUGAAAGUUUUUCCAGGUGUAAUUCAAGUCAACUUGAGUCUUUGAGUUUAUCCUAUAAUAAUCUUUCUGGUCAUCUGACAGAGGAGCUAGGAAAGUUUAAAGCCUUAACCGUCCUUGAUCUUUCCAGCAAUUCAAUAUCAGGUCCCAUUCCAGUGUCCUUGGGAAAUCUAUCAUUCUUAGAACAAUUACGCAUUCAUAAUAAUUCUUUCUGGGGUGUUGUCUCUGAAGUUCAUUUUGCCAAUCUUACAAGAUUGGUGAAACUUUAUGCAAAUAAGAAUUCAUUGACUCUGAAUACCAGUCGAGAUUGGCUUCCACCAUUUCAACUUCAAAUAUUGUUCUUAGAUUCUUGGCACCUGGGGCCAGAGCUACCUAUGUGGCUUCAGAGACAAACACAAUUGCAAUAUCUAAGCAUAUUCGAUACAAGAAUUUCAGGUACCAUCCCAACCUGGUUUUGGAACUUCUCUUCCCAAUUAAGGUUUGUGGAUCUCUCUCGGAAUCAACUGUCUGGGGAGAUUCCAAACAUAGUUGGUGCCCCUAUAGACGUCAUUGACCUGAGUUCCAACAAUUUCAGUGGUUCAUUACCUCUUGUCUCCUCCACAGUUGAUGUACUAGAUCUUUCCAAUUCAUCAUUUUCUGGAUCUAUCUUUCACUUCUUUUGUGAUAGCAUGGAUGGACCAAAACAGCUUAGAAUUCUCUAUCUCGAGAACAACCGUCUCACUGGAGAAAUUCCUGAUUGUUGGGAAAACUGGAAAAAAUUGAUUGUCCUGAAUUUAGAUAACAACAAUUUUGUUGGAAACAUUCCAAACUCCAUUGGACAUUUGCUUUUCCUCCAAUCACUGCACUUGCGGAAUAAUCACCUCUCUGGAGAAUUGCCUACGUCCCUACGGAAUUGUAAGGACUUGUUAGUUGUUGACCUUGGUGAAAAUAAGUUCACUGGUAGCAUACCGAUAUGGAUAGGGGAAAGCAAUUCAAAUUUGAUUGUUCUCAGCCUUCGUUCAACUAUGCUUCACGGCCACAUUCCACAUGAACUCUGCAAUCUUUUUAAUCUCCAAAUCCUGGACCUCGCGCAUAAUAAUCUAUCGGGAACGAUCCCAAGAUGUUUCGACAGUUUUAGCGCCAUGGUCAGCUUGUCAAACUCAGGAGGUCCCAUUUCAUUCUUCAGUUAUAUGUAUGGUUCCUCUGAGAAGUACAUGGAGAACGCAAUCUUGGUGACAAAAGGCAGAGAAGCAAAAUAUGACAAAAUUCUUAGUUUGGUGAACAGCUUGGACCUUUCAGACAACAUGAUAUCUGGAGAGAUCCCUCAAGAAGUGACCAGCCUCACGAGCUUGCGAUUUUUGAAUUUAUCAAGAAAUCAUUUGAUUGGAGAAAUACCUUCAGAGAUUGGUGAUAUGGGAACGUUAGAAUCUCUUGAUCUUUCCAUGAACCAUCUUUCUGGUGAAAUUCCUCCAAGCAUGUCGACUUUGACAUCUCUAGCUGACCUGAACUUGUCUUACAACAAUUUGACUGGACAGAUUCCGCAAAGCACACAGAUUCUGGGAUUUGAUCAGUCCAGGUUUAUCGGUAACAAACUUUGUGGACUUCCACUCAAUUACAGCUGCAAGGAAAAUUUGGUAAUACCACCAGUAGCUGUUGAGAAACACAGAGGAAGCCAUUUAGUUGAAGAUGGUUGGUUCUAUCUGAGUUUGGGACUAGGAUUUAUGUUCGGCUUCUGGAGUGUUCUUGGUUCGUUGCUGCUAAACUUUCCAUGGAGCUUUGCCUUUUCACAGUUGCUGAACAACAUUGUCCAAAGACUUUAUAGUUAG